AUGGCCGACCCCAAACCUCGCAAACUCAGCCUCACAUCCCGUCUACUAUCCUCCCUCAAAUCAAAAAAGUCCCCCAACAAAAACAGAAAUCCAUCAUGGGCCUCCUCCUCAGACGUAGGUUCUGAGAUAGGACCCCUGUCCGCAAACUCAAUCACCAGCGGCAUCUCCAAGAUGAGCUUCGGCGAUGAAGAGGAAGUUUUCAUCGAUAUCCAAACUGGGGAACGACGUGAUGAUACCGAAAUGUUGCAUAGUCUUGCUCAUCACGGGUCUUUUGGUUCCUUGAAAUCCGAGAAUGAGCAGAGAUUUGGGGAGGAUUCCAUCCCUGGGGAGAGGUUGUUUGAAAGCUUGCCGGAAGGGGUUUGGGGCUGUGUUAUCGGGUACUUGGGGAUGAGUGAUUUGGCGGCUUUUGCUUUUUGUUGUAAAACUUUUAGAGGGAGGCUUGGGAGGGAGGUAUGGCCGAUUCUGAAUAAGCCGGAGAAUCGAGACGAGAAGCUUCAAUUUUUGGUUAAGCUGGAUAGCUCGUUACCGAGUCAUCUCUUAUGUCCGCUUUGCGCAAUAUAUCAUCGACGAACCCGAAUAGGAGAUGAGAAAUUGAAAGCGACUCAUGUUCUCAACCCAAUAUUCAACUGUCUCUACGCCAAUGAACCGACCGAACUCCCCAUCAGAACUCGUCUUGUGCCCGGCCAUAGACUCCCCUUUACAUUCGUCCAACUCGCUCUCCGAGCCCUCAACUACGGCCCUCAAUACGGAAUCCCUUACUCCAAACUGGACCGCCGUCUAAAAGAUAAAGAGAGCGAUUGGACCCAUCAAAUCAGAUACUACCACCACAAAGGCCAUCUCCUCCUUCGAUCCACCAGUAAAACCUUUGCUUCCCCAGGUUUAACAUUGAGUGGCCAGCGACACCUCCUCUAUUCACGAGAAGACUACACACCCUACUUCUCAGUCUGCGCACACUGGCAGAACGGCCUCCUCAUGGAUCUUUGCAAAUGCGCACUCUCACACAUCCCCGUCCCCGUCGACCCGAUAACCAGCCAACUCAAACGCGGCCCCCAAAUCACACUCUCGCGGCCUGCAAAAGCGAUCGUGACGCUUUGCGGGAAAUGUAGACCUAUGCGUCGCUGUCCGUCCUGUCCUACGGAGUAUCUCAUUGAAAUCAGAUUGGAUGAGGACAGGAGUGAACCAAAUCCCGUGGCGCGGUUCAAGCAGACGAUUGUGGUGACGAGGUGGAGUGACCUGGGUGAUGGGACGAUCCCGAUGGGGAGUAGGGAGUGGAUGGCCAUCAAUGGCGUGGGCGAGUUUGAGGGGUUGGAUAGUGUGGGGAAGAGGGGGAUUAGUGGGACUUUUGAGAGUCAGAAUGGGGUUGCUAUUCCUGGGCAGAGGAUGUUGAAUUUGAAUCCUAAGAACAAGACUGAUGGAGAGGAGGGAGAUGAUUGGUAUUGA